UAUUUAGGUGAAUUAUUCCGAAACUUUCAGAAAAAAUAAAAGAAAAGAAAGUGCGGAGAAAUUGUCAUUGCGAGAUUACAGAGGGAACAGAACACAAAUCUCCUGCCCAUGCCCAUGCACAAUCCACCCUAAUCCUAUCCCAUCCCCGUAACCCCAGGUUCUCUUUUCUGAGUUUUGAUCUGCGAUCAAAUAAUUUGAUACGAUGUCAAAGGACGACCAUAACCCUUACGAUGACCGAGACAGAGGGCUUUUCUCUCAUCUCGCCGGUGCAUACUAUCCCCAGCACCAUUCCGGAUCUUACCCUCCUCCACCCUCUGCAUAUCCACCGCCGCCACAAGCCUACCCUCCUCCUCCCGGGUACCCACCUGCCGGAUACCCUCCUCCGCCUCCUCAUGCCGCAUACCCACCGCACUAUCCUCCCCCUGGUGGAUACCAUCCCGCCGCUUAUCCUCCUCCUGCUCCUUAUCCAUAUCCUGCACCAGGGCACCACCACAGCGGUCACAGCGGACCUGGUAUGGCACCCAUGCUGGCUGGAGGUCUGACGGCUGCAGCGGCUGCUUACGGGGCACACCGCCUUUCGCAUGGCCACAUGGGUUACCAUGGGGGCUACCAUGGGGGUUACCAUCACGGUAAGUUCAAGCAUGGUAAGUUCGGGAAGCGCUGGAAGCAUGGUGGGUUUGGGAAGCAUGGUGGGUUUGGCAAGUUCAAGAGAUGGAAGUGAUUUAUGGGCUGCCAUGGCCGAUUCGCCUUUGCUUCUUUAAUAAAUACAAGGACAAGAAGAAGACUGCAUUAUCAACCAUUAUUUCGUUUGUUGCUUGUUUUCUCUACUAUUACUACUAAGAGAUCUAUGGUACUUACUAUGAUUUGUGUGGCUUUUACUUAUUAGCUCUUUUAUGAUAUCACAGCACACGUGCAUAUAUUAUAUACUGGUUUUAUUAUGAAAGACUUUGAUUGUUUAAGUAUUAGGGUCCUGUUUUGUGUUAAAAUGAAUUACCUUAGGAUUACUGACAUUGAUUUAGUAGUAAUUCAUUGUUACUCUUACAUGUAUAAAAGUGUCAUUUUGGUUCAUUUUUAUUGGAUUUUGAUACGUGAAUGCAAGUUUUAUAUAAGUUAGGAGUC